AUGAUGUCUUCCAGUUUCAAUAUAUUUAGAGUUGGCAUCUCUUUUGUCAUGAUGUGCAUUUUUUAUAAGUCAGCAGUAGACUCUCUAUCAGAACUGAGUCCUCAGAAAUAUUUUAGUACAUUGCAACCAGGAAAAGCCUCCUUAGCUUAUUUUUGUCAAGCUGAUUCUCCAAGAACCUCUGUAUUUCUUGAAGAACUGAAUGAGGCUGUUAAACCUCUCCAGGACUAUGGAAUUUCAGUUGCAAAGGUUAAUUGUGUCAAAGAAGAAACAUCAAGAUACUGUGGAAAAGAAAAGGAUUUGGUUAAAGCAUAUUUAUUCAGGGGCAACAUCUUACUCAGAGAAUUCCCUACUGAUACUUUGUUCGAUGUGAAUGCCAUCGUUGCUCAUGUUCUCUUUGCUCUUCUUUUUAAUGAAGUAAAAUAUAUUACCACUCUGGAAGACCUUCAGAACAUAGAAAAUGCUCUGAAAGGAAAAGCCAAUAUUGCAUUCUCCUAUGUAAGAGCCAUUGGAACGCCAGAGCACAGAGCAGUCAUGGAAGCUGCUUUUGUGUAUGGGACUACGUACCAGUUUGUCCUAACCACGGAAACUGCCCUUUUGGAAAGUAUUGGCACUGAGGAUAUCGAAAAUGCACAUCUCUACUUUUUUCAUUGUAAACAAGUCUUGGAUUUGACUGACCAAUGUAGAAGAACACUGAUGGAACCACCACUGACUACACUGAAUAUUCAUCGAUUUAUUAAGACAAUGGAAGCACCCCUGCUGACUGAAGUUGCUGAAGACCCUCAACAGGUUUCAACUGUUCAUCUCCAACUAGGAUUACCACUGGUUUUUAUUGUUAGUCAGCAAGCGACGUAUGAAGCUGAUAGAAGGACUGCAGAAUGGGUUGCUUGGCGUCUUCUGGGGAAAGCAGGAGUUCUACUCUUGUUAAGGGACUUUUUGGAAGUGGACAUCCCUCGGCAUGCUAAUGUGGUCUUCAGAAGAGCAGAAGAGGGAGUGCCAGUGGAAUUUUUGGUCUUACAUGAUGUUGAUUUAAUUAUAUCCUGUGUGGAAAGUAAUAUGCACAUUGAAGAAAUACAAGAAGACGAAGAUGACAUGGAAAGUCCAGAUACGGAUAUUCAAGAUGAUGAAGUGGCAGAAACUGUUUACAGAGAUAGGAAGAGACGGUUACCUCUGGAACUCACGGUAGAACUAACAGAAGAGACGUUUAAUGCGACAGUAGUGGCUUCUGAUAGCAUAGUGCUUUUCUAUGCUGGUUGGCAAGCAGUAUCCAUGGCAUUUCUGCAAUCCUAUAUAGAUUUGGCAAUUAAAUUGAAAGGCACAUCCAAUAUGCUGCUUACUAGAGUGAACUGUGCAGAUUGGUCUGAUUUAUGUACUAAGCAAAAUGUUACUGAAUUUCCUGUUGUAAAGAUGUAUAAGGAAGGCAAGAGCCCGGCGUCUUACCCUGGAAUGUUAGGAACUGAAGAUCUCCUAAAAUUUAUCCAGCUCAACAGGAUUUCAUGCCCAGUGAACAUAACAUCUGUCCAAGAAGCAGAAGAAUAUUUAAGUGGGGAAUUAUAUAAAGACCUGAUCUCCUACUCUAGUGUGUCGGUGCUAGGACUAUUUAGCCCAAACAUGACAACAGCAAAAGAAGAUUUCACUGAAGCAGGAAACUACCUAAAAGGAUGUGUUAUCACUGGAAUUUAUUCUGAAGAUGAUGUUUUGAUACUGUCAAAUAAAUAUGCUGCAACCCUUCCCGCCCUGCUGCUGGCCAGACACAAAGAAGGCAAAAUAGAGAGCAUUCCAUUAGCUAACUCCCCUGCACAAGACAUAGUUCAAAUAAUAACAGAUGCAUUACUGGAAACAUUUCCAGAAAUCACUGUGGAAAAUCUUCCCAUUUAUUUAAGACUUCAGAAACCAUUACUUAUUUUAUUCAGUGACGGCAGCAUAAAUCCUCAGUAUAAAAAAGCAAUAUUGACGCUGGUAAACGAGAAACACUUGGAUUCACUUACCCCUUGCUGGUUAAAUCUAAAGAAUACUCCUGUGGGAAGAGGAGUCUUGCAGGCAUAUUUUGAUGCUCUGCCUCCCCUUCCUCUUCUUGUUGUAGUCAAUCUGCAUUCAGGUGGCCACGUAUUUGCAUUUCCUUCAGACCAGGCUAUCACUGAACAAAACCUUUUAUUGUGGCUGAAGAAACUGGAAGCAGGACUUGAGAGUCACAUCACAAUUUUACCUGCUCAGGAAUGGAAACCUCCUCUUCCUGCUUAUGAUUUUCUAAGUAUGAUGGAUGCUGCCGCAUCUCAACAUCCCACAAGGAAAGAUCCUGAGUGUACAAAAGAAACAGAUGCACAGGAGAAUGAUAAAAAACAUGAAGAUAAAUCAGCAUUCAGAAAAGAACCAAUUGAAACACUGAGAAUAAAGCAUUGGAAUAGAAGUAAUUUGUUUAAAGGAGAAAAAUCAUUUAAGCAUGAUAAUAAAGAGUUAUGA